AUUGUGAGGACUCGAUGCUUAAUUUCUCCUUUGCAAGGCGGUGUGGCUGCCAAAGUGUGAUCACAGGGUGAAAUACUUUUAAAAAAAGGCCUCUCUCACAUACGAACACGACUGACGUCAACUUGACAUUGUCCCUUUUGUGGUGCAAGCGCACCAUCACAUCAGAACAGAUGCUAUAUUUGCAUCACCUGUUAAUGUCAACGCUGUGAACCCGCUUGUAUAUAUGAACUGACGCGUAUGAGCCAGAAGAUUGUGUUUUACGUGAAAGCAGAAGUAACAGUUCACAUCCCAAAAGAGAAGUGGACAUGACAAGAUGUUGAUGAUGAUUUAUCUUCCUUUUGAGUUCACACUGUGUUAGAGGAGAGCAGCGCCGCUGCGCAGUUCAUCAGUGCUUGACUUUGAGGAGAUAGCGGUGUAAGAGCGUCAGGAAACAGACGUUUAACAAUGCCUCGCCAUCCGAAGGUUUAUUACCUGUUUACGUUGCCAGGCAGCGAGCUGUGAUAUAGAGCCAGGAUUUGGAGUUUAAAGCUGGACUGCUACAUCUUCUGAAGUUCUUCCUCAUGUGGCAGAGGUGAGACAAGAGCAUCAUGUUGGAACCUCCAGAGCUGAGCCAGGAGAUAGUGGAGUGGUUGGACACCCUCCGCCUGCCCCAGUAUAUCUCAUGUUUCCAGCAAGGAGGCUACCAAACUCUGGAAGAGUGCGAGGACCUCACAGAUGAGCGCCUCCUGGAGAUUAGAGUGUUUCCAACAGGCCAUCGUAGGCGCAUCCUCCGGAGUCUGGAAGCACUAGGGGUGAAGCAGCAGAGCGGCGAAGAGGAAGAUGAAGAGGAAGAGGAAGAGGGUGGGAACAAGCGCCGAAGGAAGCCCAUGCCACACCCGAGACACAUCUUCCUGAAGGAUAAAAAGAGAGGGACGUCAUGUCAGCACCAGCGAAAGGAGACGAGGGAUAAUGAUUUAGAGGGGAGUCAGACUCUCCCUCCAGGAGCAGGACUGGGAACAGAAAACGAGGAGGAACCAGAGAGCAGAUACGUCCGGCCUCCUUUACCGGCCCCGCGUAAUCCGCAGAAUAUCCGAACAACCAUGUCCGACCAAACCUGCGUCCCUGCCUCCGUGUCCUCCAGUCGCAGCAGUAGCAGUAGCAGUGAGUCCAUCUGCAUCUCUGAGAUGCCCUCGGACUGGGAGAUAUCCUCAGAAGAUCCGUCGCUGUCCAGCACCGACUCUUUCCCAUAUCCUACUGAAGACCCCUACUCGACGUUCACUGAAGACAGCGGAGGUUUUCCUUGUGAAAUGGUGGAAAACUCCAUCUACGAGGCACAGCCCAGUUUUAAAGCUCCUCAAGGUCCACGGCCCACUCGCUCAUACCGCCUGAGGCACCGGCCCGUCCCUGAAAUCCCAAAUCCGAUCAUACCGCCAGUUCCAGACAGGAGCAAACCACCAGUGCAAACAAGCAGCCCUGAACACCUAACCGGCUCCGAAGGUCCCACUGGUGCAAACAGCAUACAGAAAGCUCCACUUCAAAGACAUCUGACACCUAUUGCUCCCUACGGAGAAAUGUUCCUGUACAACGGACCUGAAAGCACUCCGGACCAAGGCGCUAAAGAAGGUUUACAGAAGGGGUUUAAGGACAAGAUAAAACGGAAGAAACAGAGAAUAAAGAUUCCCAAACGGACGGAGUCCAAGGAAAAAGAGGCUCCCCCUGCUCCUCCUGCUCCUCCUGCUCCUCCAACCAUCCCAGACCACCUCGAAGACGAAUACUCAACACUGGAAGAGUGUGCCGGCAUUUUGCCGGAAGCCGGUGUGGACCAAAGUCUUGCAGUGACCCCCGAGAGUCUUGCUGUUGGACCAGCUGCCUCAGGCCCUAAGGAUGGAUCUUUAAUCAUGGUGGAGUGUGACCUCUACUCGGAUCCUGCAGACGCCGUGGGGGAUGUGACCAGAAAUGCAUUGCCUGAUAUUUCUCCAUACGCGUGCUUCUACGGAGCCCCGAAACACAAGGUGCUCAAAGUGGGCUGGCUGGACAAGCUGUCGCCUCAAGGAAAAUGUGUUUUUCAAAGGAGGUGGGUGAGAUUUGACGGCGAGAGUCUGGCCUACUACAACAACGACAAGGAGAUGUACUCUAAAGGCAUGAUCCUGGCCAGUGCUAUCCGCCAGGUGCGAGGACUUGGUGACAACAAGUUUGAGGUGGUCACCAACCUCCGGACCUUCAUAUUUCGGGCUGAACGAGAAGGGGAACGCCAGGAGUGGAUGGAAACUCUUCAGACGGCCACGCGCCCCCCCGCCUGCGGCUCCCAGAAGGGCUCCAACAGCCUCCCGCGCCCCUCCUCCACAAACAAGCGAGGCUUGCUGGAGCUCCGCGGUUACAAAGGCAGAGUGCUGGUGUCCCUGGCGGGGAGUAAAGUCAGGCUCUGCAAAACAGAACAGGACUUUAAAGCCGGUCUGGCUAUCGCUGAAGUGGAACUGACUGCUGCCAAUAUCAGAGACGUGGACCGCAGAGGCUUUGAUAUCAACACACCCUUCAAGAACUUCUGCUUCACGGCCGAGUCAGAACGGGAGAAGGAGGAGUGGAUUGAAGCAGUCCAAGAAUCGAUCGCUGAGACACUCUCCGACUAUGAAGUGGCAGAGAAGAUCUGGUUCAACGAGGCCAACAGGAGCUGUGCCGACUGUCGCGCCCCGCAGCCGGAGUGGGCAUCUAUCAAUCUGGGCGUGGUCAUCUGUAAGAAGUGUGCAGGCCAGCACCGCUCCCUUGGCCCGAGCAUCUCCAAAGUGCGGAGCUUGAAGUUGGACAGCAGUAUAUGGAGCAACGCGCUAGUGGAGCUGUUCCUGGAGGUGGGGAACAAGAAUGCUAACAACUUCUGGGCUGCUAAUCUUCCCUUGGAAGAAGAACUCUACAGCGGGGCUUCGGCAGAACAGCGCGCCACGUUCAUCCGCAGGAAGUACAGGGAGAGGAAGUACGGGGGGGUCCUGGAGGGUUUUCAUGACCUGGAGCAGCUCAACCAGGCACUGUGUGCAGCUGUGGUGUUGCCGGACGUGUUGCGGACCAUGGAGCUGGUGUUCAGUGGUGCAGAUGUUAUGUGCGCCACGGGGGAUCUGACCGUUUCCACCCCGUAUCUCUUGGCCCAACGUGCUGGCCAAAGGUUACAGAUGGAGUUCCUGCACCAGAACAAACUCUCUGAUUUCCCCAGACUGGAGCAGUGGUCAGAGAACACUUCCCUCUCUGACGCUUCCCUCUUCAUGGAUGGCUUCCUCUACAUCUCCUCGGGCUCUGCUAAGACAACGCUGGACCGCCGCGGAAGAGAUGACAUGUCCCGUCGUUGGUGUACUUUGGAGGGUGGCUUCCUGAGUUACUAUGAGAGCGAGCGAAGCCCAUCAGCCAUCGGCCGGGUGGACGUCACCGAGGUGGUUAGCCUGGUUGUAAGCAACACAGAGACCAUGACUGGAGCUGGGGCUGUGUUUACCGUGGAGCUGUACCUGCAGACAGAGCGAGUACUGAUUGUUGGAGCCGAAACACAGGAAACACAGCAUGACUGGAUCCAGGCGCUAACAAAGUGCUUCGUUCCGCCUAAAGUCGAGGGACUGGUGCAGAGAGACUGCGAGCUGAUUGGCAGACUGCACUACAAAGAAGGCCAUGACCUGUACCACUGGAGGAUGGGCUGGUUUAUGCUGGAAGGCUCUUCCCUGCACUUCAGCUCAGGAGAAGAGGAGGGAGAGGAGGAAGUCCUUCAACUCAAACAGCUGCAGGAGCUCACUGUCUCCACGCAUACCGAGGGUGACGACAAGAUCCAAGUCCUGCUGAUGGUGGAAGGCAGAAGAACAGUUUACGUCCACGGUUUCAACAAGACGGAUUUUGACCUGUGGCUCUCCGCCAUCACGCUGGCUGCCGGCACAGAUGGCAAGGCGCUCAGCGACCAGCAGCUCACUAAAAACGGCAUCCCGAUUAUACUCGACAGUUGCAUUGCUUUUGUCACUCAGUACGGUCUAUGCCAGGAGGGGGUCUAUCAGAGGCCGGGGGAUGCCGGUCGAGUGGCCCAGCUCCUGGAGGAGUUCACGCGGGACGCCCGUAAUGUGAAGCUGAGGGAGAAGGAGCACCAGCUGGAGGAUGUGACAGACACCCUGAAGAGCUUCUUAUCCCAAGCAGAGGAUGCGCUGCUGACCAAGGAGCUGUAUCCAUACUGGGUGUCAGCUCUGGAUGAGAAGGACGUGAGGCAGAGGGUAAAGAAGUACUCCACUUUCAUAGAGAGCUUGCCAAAGAUAAACAGGGCAACUCUUGAUGCCCUGCUCCAACAUCUGUACAGGAUUCAGAAGUGUUCCCACCUCAACCACAUGCCGAGCGAAAAACUGGCCUCCGUCUUCUCCUCCUGCUUGUUCCAGACUCGAGGACAAACGCCGCAGGAAACCAGCGUCGUCUGUGACCUCAUCAGCAACUACAUCACACUCUUCAACGUCAAUGAAGACCGGGAGCAACAGAUGGAGAGAGAGAAUAGUUUCAUCACACGCUGGAACGACAAGAAGGACACCACAUUCUCUCCAGCUGGGGACUUGAUCUUCGAGGUGUACCUGGAAAAGAAACAGCCAGAGAACUGCUGUUUAAUCAAGGUCUCGCCCAGCAUGCGGUCCACGGAGCUCGUGGAAACCGCACUGAGCAUGAGGAACAUCGCCUUCACUGCCGACGAUUUCUGGACCACCUUUGAAGUCAUCGAGAACGGAGAGCUAGAGCGGCCGUUGCACCACAGCGAGAAGAUUCUCGAGCAGGUGCUGGAGUGGAGUAACUUGGACUAUCCGAGCUCUGCCUUUCUUGUUAUAAAGAAGUUUUCAGGGGUAAAAAGAGCGACUGAUGGGAAAGCAGACCAAAAGCAGUUCAUAAAAAGCGACUGCCUGAAGUUCAGCGACGGAUCCUCCAAACUGCUGUCGGGGCACAAAUUCCAGGACAAAUAUGUUGUGCUACGUGCAGAGAAGCUGCUGCUCUACAGAGAUAUCAAAGGCACUAAAGCAGAGAAAGCGAUCCAACUCAAGUCUGUGAAAUGUUACCUGGGCCUGAAGAGAAAGCUGAAACCUCCACCCAGCUGGGGCUUCACGGUCUACACCGACAAACAGCAAUGGCAUUUCUGCUGCGAGCGGAGGGAGGCGCAGGUCAGCUGGGUGACGGACAUCAUCAGGAUGAAGUACGGCUCCGACCUCUGUCCAAAGAGCGUUAACUCAAAAGAAGUCGCCGAUCAGAAAACUUCCAGAGCUGCUGCAGCUGUGACCGACGGACAGAAGAGUUCAACACUCAACAACAAUUUCAGCAAACAGCCGACAGACAGGAGAAUAUCUCUCGAUGAUGUCAACGCGAGGUCCACCAAGGACGCCGCUCUCCACCACAAGACGAGCACCACGGCCAACAGCCCGAAGCAAAUCGACAUGUUCAAGGCCCCAGAAAUCCCACACAGAAGACGCUCCGUGGACGUUUGCCAGCCUCAGCGCUUUACUUCCACGCUGCCGUCCAGACACAUGAAGCCCAUGCCUUUGCCCCUUCCUUCUCAGAGCGGCUGUAAGACCAUCGGCAAGAGGCCUGUUCUGGGCCGGGAGGGUAUAAUGCCGCCUAAUCUGCUGAGCGAACUUAACUCGGUGCUGAGCAAGACUGGCCGCAGUGCCAAGAGCAAUGACUGACAGGAAGGGAGGUAGCUUCAACGGUCAGUUUACAUUACAGGGCAGAGUAGAGAAAGACUGACAGAACGACCACACAAUGCAGAAGCAGCCAGAGUAAGUUGCUUUCAUGGGGAAAGAGGGGAGUCAUAGCCUGAAGACUGCUUUUGAACUUCGAUAUAUAUAAAGGGAUGCCGUUGCACAGGGGGGAUGUGGAAGACAGGUGCAGGAGACACCGGAGGUCACGCGGACCUCAGCUGGACGUGGCGCUGAUCCAAGCACUACAAAACGUGAUUUAUAUGCGGCUGUUCUGAACCGAGAGGGAGAACGUUGCAAAAAACACGUUCAGCUGUCGAACUUUGGUACUUUAAAGGGGGAAAAAAGCUUGCUUUGCGCUUUUUAAGUUUCCACUUACUUUCAAAAAGACUGUUUGGGCAAUAUUGUGAUCGUCUUACUCGUUAUACAGUGAACUUUUUAUCGUUUAACGUGUCAUAUAUCUUGAAAUAUUAGUGUCAGGGUCCGCCAUUUCUGCAAAUGCAAAACAAAAGAGCCGUUUAACCAGCAAGUGUCACUAAUAUAUUCAUAGACACCAAAUGCAAUAUGAGCUGCAGGUGGUGGGGAAUCUCAUGUAAUUAUUUAUUUAUAGUUCUUUUAUACGUUUUUUUUACUUAUCCACUGUAACCGUUAACUGUACAGCUAACAAGCACUGUUUUUUUAAUCAUGUCAUUCUGUGGUGCGCCACUUUAAACUUUGCACUGGCUGCCAAAUGUAAUAAUUUAAUGUAUAGUAUAAAUAUAUGAAUAAACAUUAAAACAUGCUUUAAUAUGCUAUAUUACAGAAGUAAAUGGCAUUUUACUGCAAGUUUCACCUUUA